AUGAGUAUCAAUAAACAACAACAACAACAACGCUCGUCGACGAUGGUAUCUGAUGCGAACACUCCUGAUGUUAGUCCACAUCACAAGUUCCAAACCAAUCCAAACAACUUGGGCAAACCACCCGAGUGCUUCAUCUGUAUAGCCGACAAUGUAACAGGUCUCUCAUUGCCAGACAAGUUCUCCAUAUGUACAAAGUGUAACAAGUUGGCACAUACUAGAUGUAUACCACAACUCAACAACAGUACACUGAUAUGUCGUGGAGUAGAUGGCAAGGAUAAACAACACAACAAGUCAUCAUCAUUAUUGAAGUUGUUCACAAGCAAAUAUACAUUUGAAAAGUAUGGAGAACAGAUGGUGGAGAAUGGAGACUAUUCAUUCGAGCAUAUAAAGACAUGGAUACAGAUGUUUGCUCAAGAGGACAACGGAAAGCAUAUCUACAAGCGGAAGUACUAUGCAUUGUUCAAUAAUCUGGUAGUCAAUGAUCAAACAUUUGCUUAUAUUCUCUCUCUUCAAAGUGAUUCGCCAAGGAGUGUUCCAACGCACUCAUCACCUGAUCAUAGCCACAACCACUCGCACAGCCACAACCACAGUCACAGCCAAACUAGUCAUAGUCGCAAUCAUAGCCAUGGACAAGUACUCAAUCAAACAUUCACGUUGGCAUUGCCAGACCUCAAGAGCAUGGUGAUCUCAUCGUCAUUGCACUUUAGUCUGGCAUCACGCAAUGACACUGGCCAAUUCAUCAUGUUGUCAAUAUUGUAUCAUCUGGUAUUCACGCCACAGAACAUUGUACACUUUCUAAACAUCGAGUCAUUGAACACAUUAUGCAACCUGUAUACAUUCUAUCUCCAGACACUCAAGGCUAUACCAUCAACACUAUCCACAUCAUCCAACUCCAUCAUCAUCUCAUCAUCAUCAUCUUCCAAUGAUGACAAGCGAACCAUCAGUAGUAUAAGUGCAUUGUCAUUGAAGUUAUUCGCCAUAUUCUUACAAUUGAUCAAUGGACAUGUCAUGGUCAACCUGUACGCUGACAGGGACUUGCUAAGGGGCAAGCUGGAUAGCGAAGAGCUGGGCGCAAGUGAUCGAGUCAUGGAGCUUCUAUCCACAUGUUUCAAGCGAGAGCCAUAUCGAACUUUGAUUGAGGGCCAUCCAGGUUGGUUGGAAUUGAUCGUGGAGUACUCAUCCAGGACAUCAUGCAAAUUGCAUAGAGAGUUGUUGUUGGAUAGCGUCACAUUUACUCGCCAGCUGUAUAAGUCAAUGUUGUGCACGGUGUAUCGAGGCGUGUUUGAGGGUCGAGAGGUUGCCGUCAAGCAAUUGCCCACAGAUGGAUUGGGAUUCGACUGGGAGCUGUUCCAUCGCGAGGUGGCAACCAUCUGUAUAUCACAACAUCCAAGCGUCAUCCGAUUCUUUGGCGCGUACACUGGCAACAGCACUGGCAAGGACCCAUUCAUCGUCACCGAGCACUGCAGUCGCGGUAGCAUUGUUGCCGCGCUCGAGUCAUAUGUCGAGGAGCAUCGCCAGCCACCUCCCAUCGAGUUGUUGGUCAGGAUGUCAAUCGAGGCGGCACAAUCACUGGACUUCUUGCACUCCAAGUUCCUCAUACACAGGGAUAUCAAACCUGAUAACUUCUUGGUCAAAGAUGAUUUCAGCGUCAAACUGAUUGACUUUGGCACGACCAAAGUAGCGCCACACAAGCUCAAGAUGACCGUUGUUGGCACACCUAUAUACAUGGCACAAGAAGUCAUCAAUGGCGAGAGCUACACUCAAUCAGCAGACAUCUACUCUUUUGGAUUUGUACUCUACGAGCUUUUCACAAGACAGUUGCCAUUUGCUAGUAUGGCUGAUUUUGAGCGAUUGGAAUUGGUCUCAAAGGGUGGAAGACCAAAGAUACCAAAUUCAGUACCAUCAUCAAUCGCCAAACUAAUCAAUAUUUGUUGGCACACUGAUCCAAUGCGAAGACCAAGCUCACGUGGCGUACUCCAAGCACUAUAUAUGGCAUUACGAUCAAUCUCAUCAAAGGUAACAAUGGUAGAUAUACACUACUCAUCGUCAUUGGCAUCAUCCACAUCAUCAUCAAGGAGGUCAUCCAGGUCAUCAAUCCCAACUUGA